GUGGGCCACUGGCCACGGCGAAAGUGCCGGUAUAUAUGCCAGUGAUUGGCGCGAUGUAACUUCAGUGUGCACCUUCGAACGAAACCAUGAGCACUCCGCAGAAGCUUUUAAUUCUUGCCCUUGUGGCGACGUCGACCCUGGCCGGAGAGACGAAGGAGUCCAACGCCAAGUCAGUUACUCAGACGAAAGAGAAGAGCAAACGAGGCUUGGAGUUGAGUUUAGGAGGCGAUGACUUCGGAGGCUUCCACGGAUCGAGUCUCGGCGGCGGCGGCGGCGGAGGAUUGAGUCUCGGAGGCGGACACGGUUUGGGAGGAGGACUCGGCGGAGGAUUCGGUGGAGGAUUCGGCGGAGGAUUCGGCGGCGGUGGUGGCGGCGGAGGUGGCGGCGAUGGCGGCAGGAUCACUGGCAUCACGAUCCACCAGGAGAAGCAAGUUCGCGUCCCGGCGCCGUACCCGGUCGAGAAGAACAUACCCGUACCGUACCCGGUCCCGGUCAAGAUCCCCGUGGAGCGUCCGAUACCGGUGCACGUACCGAAACCUUACCCAGUCCCCGUAGAGAAAACGAUCCCCGUGCCAGUGGAGAAACCAGUCCCAGUGCCGUACAGUGUGCCGGUCAAAGUGCCCGUGUCGGUCCCGUACCCGGUCAGCGUGCCGGUAAAGAUACCGGUAACGAUCGAGAAGGAAGUUCCCUACCCAGUCAAGGUCCCCGUCUUAAUCAAGGAGUCCGUCCCAGUUUAUGUUAGCAGUGGUCAUGGAGGCGGCGGCGGCGGCGGCGGCGGUGGUUUCGGUGGCGGAUUCGGCGGCGGACACGGCGGUGGCGGAUUUGGCGGUGGACACGGACUGUCCUUCGGCCAUUAAUUAGGAUCAAUCUCGUCAAUGUGGACUCUCGUCCAUACACAAUCAUUUUGUAUAUAAUGAUAUAUUUUUUUAUGGAAAAUAAAUAUUAAAUUAUUAAGUGGUAUUUGUA